AUGGGCGAAUUGUCUGAAGAUUCGAAAUCACCAAUACAGUUGUCUGUAUUUGACAGCGACAGUGAUGACACCAACUUCUCGUCCCCAGUCCUUCUGCCAUUGACUGUGUCAAUCGAUGAUGAUGCGGGUCAGCUCUCGGCACCGCAGAAGAACAACCAAGCUCAGCUCUCUGAACCACGACAGAUUAUCUCGUCUGGGAAUUCAUCUAGUCUUCUCCAAGCCGAGCUCCUAAGGCCCGUUCUUGCAGGAACCUACUUCGAUGAACCAGCGUACCUCGUCCGGCUACAAUUGCAGCUGUCCUUGUCAGGGGGAAAUCGAAGCUGGCUCAGCCGCAUACAGACGGUUGAUAUUCACGUCCUUACAGAAGAUGCACCGAGAGAUGAGGGGCAGAGCGCUUCGGAUGAUUCUGAAGACAGCGACGAUGACGAGGAAGAGGAGCUCCCGCACCCGGCAAUCGUCAAGGCAUUUCCCGGUCCCAGUGGUUGGGAGGGCACACCACUGUCCUCUGAGGUGACAAUCGGAAGCGAAAUUGGCAUGCAAAUAGGCUACAAUCCCGCGUCUAUCUCCUACAACAUCGGUGAGUCCCGAACCUGGACGAAGACCGGAGCCGUCAAGGUUAAGGUAGCACAUAAAGGUCCGGGACAAAACAAACUGCAUGUCCGGGUCGAAGAGAGCUCCGUGGAUAAGGCUGGAGUGCCGGACUACCUGGUAGUGCCUUUCAUCAUCGCCCAUCGGUCCCGUCGCUUCCGUAUGCGUGUCGGCAUCCAUGCCCGCUUCGGCUUCUGGCGCGGAAAGCUGGCUGAAGUAGUGCCCAUCCUUGGCCGCGCUGAUGAGCCUUUGUACUUUGAUCCGCUGGUCAUGCGUCGGGCUAUGGAGAAGGGACGUAGGGGUGUUAAUGGGGAGAGGGUUGUUGAGUGGCGUGGUGCGCUGGACGAGAUUGCGCUGCAGGAGUACUCGUCGCUGGGUGAUGAGAACGCUACUCAGGCGUGA